GUAAACCGUUAACUCCCACGUAAAAAACAAUAGGGUCAGUGUAAUAUGCCCGGAACGUUGUGUAGAUGAAUCGUACUACUCUGCGGAGACACUUCCAGUUGCACUCGAGUAUCCCACGUGAGUGAGUGAGCGAGCGAGCGAGCAUCUUUGAUCAUUGGGCCAGGACGAAUACAGUUAAAACGUUUGUUUUGACAUAUUAGAGCAAUUGGAUAACUUUAAAGCGGUUAUACCCUUUUCUACUUAUUUAUACUAGCAGCAAGUAUGAAAUUACUUACUCAUAACAUGUUGACAUCGCACGUAAAGGGGGUUAUUAAAGGCUACCCUCUCCUCAUCAAGGCGACGGAGGUGAAAGUGAACGAAGUCGAGUUCAAGCCAGAGUUUGUCAGCCGAAUGAUUCCAAAACUGGAGUGGAAAGCGUUAGUACAAGCGGCCGAGGGGCUGGGUCAACUGAAUGAUCUGCCCAACGAACUUGUUCCUGAUUAUGAGAAGAAUGAGGAGUUUUUGCGCAAAGUCCAUCAUGUGCUAAUGGAGGUGGAGGUGUUGGAGGGCUGCCUGCAGUGCCCAGAGUCGGGGAGAGAGUUUCCCAUCUCCCGGGGGGUACCCAACAUGCUACUGAAUGAGGAUGAAUCCUAGAAAUUGAAUCCGCUUUCAUUUUUCUAAUGCACAAACCUGUAUAUACCCAAAUAUUGGAUUCAGAUAGUUUCUUAGAUGGUUACCCCUUUGUUGAUUACAGCAGUUGUACUUCCACACAUGUAUACAACACACUGACAAAAUACUUCAUACUAUGUCUACAAGAAUUACUGUCGCAUACAUAUUUGGUCUUUUAAUAUUUAUACUUGAUCUCAUAUUUUCUUUCCCAAAACACGCAACUAAUUCCUGAAAAUCCUAGCUGUUUACCUUUUCCUAUGUGAUGCUUAUAGCUUUCUAACUUCGGGCUCCUGUCCGAAGUUUAGAAAAUGAAACCAUUGUUUCAUAUAGUGAGUAAAAGGUGCACGUUCAAGUUGAAAUGUAACUCCAGCUGCUAAAUGCUUUCUGAAAAUGGGAUAAAUAAAAUACAGUUCCAGAUAGAAA